CUAUAAAGUUAUUCAAAAUGGGGUCUAGUUGUUGCAAUCCAAAGAGGAACUUGAAGAUUAAAGAAGUCAUGAGAAACCCUGCUAAAUUCAUUAAGACAGAUCAAAAACAUGCUAAAUAAUCUCAUUGGCGACACCCUUGAUGCCAAUGGACAAGGUAUAGAUUACAAAGAUUUGAACAUUGGUCCUGAGUUUAUGCUAAAAGAAUUAUUUACAAAUCAGAAUAAAUCUAAGGCUACCAAGAAAUAUUUUAAGAGAAAGAAGAAAUGGGAUAAAAUGGCUAACGUCUCGACAGAGAGAGGUCAGACCGAUUAUAAUAAAAUAUGCAAAAACUUGUAUGAAUUUUACAAAGAACACCCUCAGCUAUUUCGAAGAAGAGUUUGCAAAGGACCGCCUCCUGAAUAUAGAUGGUUAGCAUGGAAAGUACUGACAGGAGCUGUUAAUUACGAAGUCCCAGGUGCUUACCAAGAACUUUUAAAUAAAGCUGAUGAAUUUAACGACGAAGAGCAUCCUGUAUUAAACCAAAUAAACCUUGAUUUGAAUAGAACUUAUCCUUCCCACCCCUUUUACUCCCAACAUUAUGCAAGGAUAGGCCAGAGAGUUCUUCGGAGAGCCUUGAGAGCAUAUGCCAUGUACAACCCUGAAGUAGGGUACACCCAGAGUAUAAACUUCGUGAUGGGAUUUAUUCUGAUCGUUAACGGAGGAAGAGAUGAAGAAGCUUUCUGGCAAUUCAUAGCAAUUUCAAACCAAAACAACAAUUAUGGAAAUAUCAAAUAAUUUCGAGGGAGGAGUCAGUGAAUUUUAUUGUGACAAUUUCCCACUCUAUUGCCAGUUUGCAUUCCAAUUCAACACUUUAUUUGAACAACACAUCCCAAAUCUUAAGGCUCACUUUGAUGAGUUAUUCUUUAGUUCUGAAAUUUAUUUACAAAAGUGGUACAUGACCAUCUUCACCUGAUUUCCAUUCACGCUGACAAUCAGAUUUUGGGAUUAUCUGCUGUGAGAAGGACUUAUCUAUAUGUUCAAAUUUCCCUUGGAAAAGAUUACUGUCAGAAGGCCUUGAAGGAGUCAACGAAAUCAUAGAUUUCACCAAAGACAGCAAGGAGUCUGAACCAGGAAGUGAAAAUGCUAUCCUACCAUCUAUUGAAGAAAUCAUAGAUCGGUCAAAUAAAGUCAAAGUAACGAAGGAAGAGAUUAUGUCUCUAAAGAAGGAAUAUGAACAAAAAUAUGCCAGAAAUCCGCCAAAAGAAAUCAAAAGAUUGCCUACAUUCUUUGACAUUAAGAGUGAGGAGGGUAAAGACAUCUCAGGUUCAAACAAAAAUAUUUCUGUUUUCACUCCAGUGCAAGUGAGAAACAGCCAAAAGGUUGAUCGCAAAAAGGUGGAAGAUAUUAUGAACAAAGAAAUAGAGAAUGCUAAAGAGCAAGAGGAUAGUCAAGACGCAAGAACACCCAUAGCCGGGCAAAAAGUAGAACAAAGGCCUUCCUUUAAGAAUAACAAAAGGGAUCUUGGCACUUUUGGAGAAGAGCUAGAUAAAGAACUCGAUAAAGAGCAAAGAAAAUAAGAAAUUCGAGGAUUUGAGAAGAAUGCCUUUCUCUCUUAAUGACGAUGAUAAUGGCAUGAUUUUUCCUACCCCUCAGAAAAAGAGAAGAAAGAAGAGCAGAAUCCAUAAGCAAAUCUCUGUCAAUCCACAGAACUAUUUUAAGGAGCCACCAGAAGUCAAAUUGAUGGACUUGGAGGAGGAAGAUAUAUUGAGCCAUGGAUUAGACUUUGCUCUUGGAGAAGAUUGCUCCCAGUUGUUCCAGAGCUUUGAAAUUUUCGAUCAGGACCAGCUCUUUAGUCAGCCAGACAAUGAGGCAAAGAAUGAUCUUGAUAAACAUAACAAGAGUAAUAAUGUGGUCGACCAGGCUAAUCUUUAUCUGAAUUUGAGUAAUAAGAUGUGAGCAAACGUAAAAGAAGAUACUCGUCAAGAAGUAAACACCAAUGUUGAGUUAGCACAAGAGCAGAAGCUCUACAGACAGACAACAUUAAAAACAGGACAUUUUACAGGAGCAAAUGUGACUUGUGCUGAUUCUCAACAGAAAAAGAACCACAAGAAGUUAAAGUCUGAAUUCGGGCAUGAUUGCACUGUUGCCACAAACAAACGACAUAAGUCAUUCACUAGCAAUAAUGAUAAAUUGUACCAAGCCUUAAACUUUGAGAAUGAAACUGAGAAGGUGAGCAAUCAUUCUGCAUUUAUCCGACCAUCCUCUGCAAGUGAUUUGAAGAAGACAAAAUAUAAGCCAAAUGUGAUUAAAGGAUUUUGAUCCUCAGAGGCCUCUUCUAAACCUGAGGAUGAAAACAAGCAGAUUGAGGAGAACCCUGUUGAGCUGAAGUACGACUUCUACAAUAGCGGGGUUGAAUUUUACAAAAAUGACCAAACUCCUGAGAGACAAGACAUUACUUUGGAAGAAAAUAAUUUGAAGAUCCUUAAAACUCCUUAA